GGGAAGUUUCUCUCGUCCAGCAUCGUAGUGAUUCUUUAGGUCGAGCCUUUUUAUAUUAAAAAAAAAACACUAGGCACAAAAAGCCGCUGCAAUUGUGCUUUAAUCAUGGUUGCCGAUAAGCGAAUGCUCGUGAGCCCUUUGCCCAAGCGAAAGCCUGGAGUAGCUGAAGACAAAACCCUGUGGGAAUACAUUCAGACUCGUGUGGCUGAAAUCGUCGCCAAGCACGGGGACAAAACAAUGAUGAUUGACGGAGCAACUCACGAGAAAAUGAGCUUCACAGAAUUCUUAAUCCGGACAAAGAAGACUGCACAAGUUUUGAAAGAAAAAUACGGUGUGACGAAGGGAUCCACUGUCAUUGUGUGCUCCAAAAAUUCGCUGAAUUUCUUCGUGCCAAUCCAAGCAGCAGUUGCUCUAGGUGCUCUUGUCUUUGCCAUUCCUGCCUACUCGUCCGACUGUGUCCCACGAUGCUUGGACGAAGAGGAACAUGUGCCAGUGAUUGUCUGUGACGACGGACUCCUCGCCGAGAUGGAGAAAAACAUCGAAGACGCGAGUUCGAAGCGUCCGUCGUCGGAGAAACCCCGCACCAGGGUAAACUACAUGGUUAUGUACCCAAACGAUGCCAUGUAUUUGGCAAAAGUGGACGACUGGUCCAUGUACGACUUGUCUUGUGUGACGAAGUUC